AUGCAUGAGUUGCCGGUAAUGUGCCUUAUGUACGCUUUCGCUGCCUCAUCGCUGACCAUCCUUGAAAUAGACGUGACAAAAUACGCUGUGAUGGAAGCCGACCAUGCGGGUCAUGUGCUCGUAAAGGGUACGACUGCGUUGAUCGACCUUGCAGAGACUGCAUCCGAUGCGGAAAAGGGGACCAGUGCACCCAUCGACGAAGUCAGGACACUUCUGUUUCUGAUACCGGAGGUGGGACGACAGUCUCCACAUCUAUCUCAUAUCGUACUCAUCAGUGUAGAUGAGACCACAGACGCAUCGCAGCUUGUCUCCGAUGCUUCGCCGUCCAUCUCUCCCAUCGACGCACACCAACCGAACCCAUUUACCCAUACCACUCAUCCGCAUAUGUCCGCCCAGCAGUUAUCAUACUAUCCCGCGAUGUCUAGCAUGCAACCCUUUUAUUACCCACCACAACCGGCCUUAAGCCCGGUCAUGGACAUGUACGCGACUCACGACCCGCACGCAGCGUAUCUACACUAUCCUGUGGUUCAUCAUUCUCAGGCUUCCGGUUCUAUGAUGCCACCCCCAUGUGCGCCGCCUGACUCCCAGCAUCCAAUGGGUGGCUGA